AUGGACGUCAGUCAGCACGAUCUUGGUCGUGGUGUAGGUGGUGGUGAUAGCGGCGAGGGAUAUGGACGUAAAGACGAGGACGAGCGCCGGAUGGUUGAUGAUGGUGGUGGCGUGCGUGGGAGACCUCGCAUCUGUUGGUUCUCCAUGGCCCAGACUCUUGCCAGUGGUUGCAAAUCUUUGCCCUUUUCUUCCUUCCUUCCCCCCUCGCCAUCUCGUCUGUAUGCGACUCCCGGACAUCUGUAG